UGCGAGGCUUAAUCUCACUUAAAUCGAUGAAUCCAUGGUGAAUGAAGCCUGAGGGACAUUGCAUUCUUUUGAUGUCAUGCAUGUCAGCUGUUUUGUUGCCUCAUCUGUAGAGACCACUUUAAAUGUAGGACCAGGACAAGAUGGCGGAUUUAUCUUUGCUCCAAGAGGAUUCCCAAGAGGAGUUAGACGGAUUUGGUGUGGAUGACUACUCAGAGUCUGACGUCAUUAUUAUACCUUCAGCCUUGGAUUUUGUAUCGCAAGAUGAAAUGCUGACACCACUGGGAAGACUGGAUAAAUAUGUUGCAAGUGAAAACAUUUUUAACAGACAGAUGGUGGCCAGAAGUUUAUUGGACACAUUAAAAGCUGUUAGCGAGGAUGAGCGGGAUUGCAUUGCUGUCUUAGAACGCGUGAGCAAGCUGGCUGAUGAUUCAGAGCCCACUGUUCGAGCAGAGCUCAUGGAACAAGUACCCCACAUUGCCAUUUUCUGUCAGGAGAACAAACCUUCCAUUCCAUAUGCCUUCUCUAAGUACUUGCUGCCAAUUGUAGUGAGAUACUUGGCUGAUCCGAAUAACCAGGUUCGCAAGACGAGCCAAGCGGCUCUUCUGGUGCUGCUGGAGCAGGAGCUGAUCGACCGAGUGGACAUUGAGAACCUAGUGUGCCCUGUGCUUGUGGACCUCACGGCCCCGGACAGCAACGAUGACGUGAAGACGGAGGCCAUGGCGAUCAUUUGUAAGAUGGCCCCCAUGGUGGGGAAGGACAUCACAGAGCGUCUGUUCCUUCCACGUUUCUGUGAGAUGUGCUGUGACUGCAGGAUGUUCCACGUACGCAAGGUCUGUGCAGCGAACUUUGGAGAUAUUUGUAGCGUUGUUGGUGGGGAGGCAACUGAAGAGCUGCUGCUGCCACGCUUUUUCCAGCUCUGCUCGGACAACGUGUGGGGGGUGCGGAAAGCCUGCGCCGAGUGCUUCAUGAGUGUUUCCUCUGCCACGUCGCCCGAAGUGCGCCGGACCAAACUCUCAUCGCUCUUCAUCAACCUCAUCAGCGACCCCUCGCGCUGGGUGCGACAAGCUGCCUUUCAGUCUCUGGGUCAGUUCAUCUCUACAUUCGCCAGCCCCUCCUCUAACGUGGGCCAGUACUUUAAAGAGGGAGGGGAGGAGGGCGAGUGGACCGCUGAACACUCCCAGAAAAACAGUGCUGAGGAGAAGUCAUCAAAUUCGGACACGAAUACUGCACAAGAUUCUCUCACUGCUGCUACGGAGAAGAGUCCAGAGGAUUCCCCUGUCGAUGUGGAACAGAAGGAUAAUGUGACCUCUGACAUCUCUCCGGACUCCACUUCCCAGAAUUCCUCUAACGCUCAGGGUGAUGUGGCGAGUUCAUGUCGGAUGGAGGAGGAUGGGAACAUGGACGUUGCCGAAGAGGGUGGAGGAGAGCAGGCUGCCGAGGCUCUGAAUGGCGACAUGUCCUGUUGCCACGGCAACACUGACUCCAGGUGCCUCCUGGGAGAAAUGGAACCCUUGCACAACGCCUCGGAACCUGACCCAGGCCCUCUGAAAGAAGAACCUCCCUACCCACCUGAGGAACCCGUCGCAGAUCAACAACCCCCCAACUCGGCACAAAGCACCACGGCAGAGAAGCCCCCAAACACACAGCAGAACAAUCCGGAAGGCGAGAACCCAGUCUCGUCCACCUCCACCGAAGACACUGCAGCAGCGGCCGGCGACCGCGACAGCACCUCCUCGCCAGCAGCGGCCUCUCUGGUCCAGACGGAGGACAUCCCCGAGCAGGAGCUCUUCAACUCCUUCCACUUCUGGAGGACGCCCAUCCCUGAGAUCGACCUGGACCUGGAGCUGCAGGAGGAGCAGGAAGAGGAAGGGGCAAGCUCAAACACGCCGCCCAGAAACUCAGGGCCCCCGCUCAUAGGGGCCAACAUGCUCCCCCCGGCCCUGGGCAGGAAACAGCUGGAGGAGCUCAUUGAGAAUCUGGAACCGCACAUCGAUGACCCAGACGUGAAAGCACAGGUGGAUGUGCUGACGGCCGCUCUGCGGGCUACAGCCUUGGAUGCACACCUGGAGGACGCCUACCUGGAGCCUCGCACGGCCCAGGUCUCCCAUGACAACCCCUUUGAAGUCCACCAGGUGCCCCUGCUGGACUCCAGCGACCUGGAGAACCAGGAUCCCACCCUGCAGAUCAGCCACGGAGAUGACUCGGACAUGAGCGAUAGCAGCAUGAGCCCAGAAGAGGAGAAGAGAUCCAAACAGCAGGACGUGAUUCCGCAGGCCUUGCUGGACCAGUACCUGUCCAUGACUGACCCGUCCCGGGCCCAGACGGUGGACAUGGAGAUCGCCAAGCACUGUGCCUACAGCCUGCCGGGCGUGGCUUUCACCUUGGGCCGGCAGAACUGGCACUGUCUGCGCGACACCUACGAAACGCUGGCCUCGGACAUGCAGUGGAAGGUGCGGCGGACAUUGGCGUUCUCCAUCCACGAGCUAGCGCUCAUUCUGGGGGACCAGCUGACGGCCGCCGACCUGGUGCCCAUCUUUAACAGCUUCCUCAAGGACCUGGACGAGGUGCGGAUAGGAGUGCUCAAGCAUCUCUAUGACUUUCUUAAGCUUUUACAUCAAGAGACGCGGCGCAAGUAUCUGUACCAGCUUCAGGAGUUCCUCGUCACAGACAACAGUCGAAACUGGCGCUUCAGAUCCGAACUCUCUGAGCAGCUGGUGUUGUUACUGGAGUUGUACAGUGCACAGGAUGUGUAUGACUACCUGAGACCGUUAGCCUUUAAACUUUGCACAGACAGAGUGUCAUCUGUACGGUGGACGUCUUACAGACUGGUGAGCGAAAUCAUCAGAAAGCUGUCUACCUGUCCGUCGCUGCUUGUAGAUUUUCUUAGUGAGCUGGUGGAGAAAUUCUGCCACUGUCCGAAGUGGUCAGGGAGACAAGCUUUUGCUUUCGUCUGUCAGCUGGUGAUAGAGGAUGGCUGUCUGUCUCUGGAGCAGUUCUCUGAGCACCUGCUGGCACCCCUGCUGCAGCUGGCCACAGACCCCGUGCCCAACGUCAGGGUCUUGCUGGCCAAGACCAUCCGCCAGAGCAUCCUAGAGAGAGAGUGUUUCCUGAACUCGGCCAACUGUCACAACGAGGCCCUGGAGCAUACGCUGGUAGCCCUGCAGAUGGACAUGGACAAGGACGUGAAGUACUUCGCCAGCGUCCACCCCAGUAGCACGCGCAUCAACGAGGACGCCAUGAGCACCACCUCCUCCACCUACUGAGCAAACACGCACUCAUAUACACAAUUAUAUACACACCCACACACCCCACACACACACACACCCACACACACACACACACACACACACACACACACACACACACACACACACACCUUUGGCUACCCCCUUUCCUUGGGUCGGAUCGGGAUUUGGAAUGAGUUUAUUUUUCACCUACUGAGCACACAACUCUUGUCUGUUUCUUUACAUGCAUACACACACAAGACAAGCUUACUGUCCUUUCCAUGUCCAAAAAAUGGAUAGGAACUUGGGCACGUAAAGCUUCUCUCUCUCUCUCUCUCUCUCUCUCUCUCUCUCUCUCUCUCUCUCUCUCUCUCUCUCUCUCUCUCUCUCUCUC